CCCUUGAAGUGGCUGGUGAGAGAUUGCCACACCUUGCUUUACCACAUUCCGGAAUAAGAAAUAUUUUAAGAGUUGGUAGUAUUCGUAAUUUCGUACUCUGUUGUCCGUCGUUCAUGCUUGAGGAGACAAGUUGAGAAUCAGUGUUUGUAUUCGAGUCUCUGUGAAAAGGUUAUAAUUGGUCUUAAAUAGUACAGGAACCAUGCCAAAAUACGUUAAUGUUAUUGUUGAAAUGAGGUAGGUUUCAUUAAAAUCAUGGACAUACUUAUUUAUAGUCUAUUAGUCUAUACCGAGCGAGUUUGCCACUUGUAGUCACUUACAACUCGAUAGACUAUAUGUGAUACGUGGGAUGGAUUAACAGUAUAGAUAAAAAGUGGUAUUAUGAAUGUGAUGACCAGCCUGCUGUGCGAGUAAGCUACCGUGAUUUGUGUCUGUACUAUUAGUAUAAUAAAGUUACCUAGAAACACUUCAUUGUUUCAAGGUAAGGCCCUUCAUCAUGAGGUGAAUAAAAUAUUCGUUAUAAUUGCGCAUGCACGUUGCUUAAAAGGUUGAUUAACUCAUUUACCAGUAGGGAUGCGAGAAGCGAUACAACCUACAGUGGUUUUGUUUUACAAAAGGUCUUGACCUUCCAAUGUCAGUAAAAAUAAAUCAUGCUUAUCUUUAUGAAAUGAGAAAAAUAGAUGAUAAUGUUAGGCAAUUGGGGCUAAUUCGAUCCUUCAUUUGCAUAAAUUCCGUGUAGUAUCGCACGAGCACAACAAUAAUAAUCCCUCCGGAAACCUGACUGAAAUGUUUACCUGAAACCCCAAAUAAGGCAAGUUUGUAGCAGUGUUGAGUUCGUAGGGCACUGGCCUAAAAUGUGGUAUAAUAACUGCGCAAAAUAACUGCGAUAAUAAAUUAAUAUAACCAAAUUAAGCACAUACAUGACUUUGUGUUGAAGUCUAUCUUAUUUUUCACAAUAAUUAAUCACGAUUGCCAUUAGAUAAAUGAGCCUUAAUUAAAAACAAGCUUAUCUGAUUAUAUAAAAAUUAAACUGGCGUCAUACGACGCAGAAAGGCUUGCAAGCCAGUUUACUUUUACCAUGAUAUACUUUUAUAGAUACAAGUAUUUUAUCUUCGCAAUCGUAUUUGCGAAAUCAUACAUACAGUGUUGCUAUGACAUCCAAAAACAGAUUAAUCAUUAAUGCCGUAUUUCAGCGCAUGAUAAUAAUAUUUCUCACGGCUAAGUUAAUUAGAACAGAUUUGGCAUUGAUAACUGACGUCCAUCGAAAUCUGCUUAUUUUUAAUCCUUUUUUGUUAUUUUUAGCGGCCAGAAAGCGUACAAGCUUCUCUUUGCAGAGAUGUCAAGUUGGGUACGACGUAAAACGCCCGCGGCUGAGUGCACGGGGAAGAAUGGACCCGAAGGUGCAUUCGAGAUUUUUGUCGAUGGACAAAAGGUUUUUUCAAAGUUGGAGAGAAAUGGCUACCCUGUCUUGAACGAAGUAUGUGUAAGAAAGAUCUAAUUUAAUAUGUUGAUAUCUUUACACAGGAACAAACAUCUCUGACUCCCUCCAACCCAUAUCCAUCACGCAAACGAGGCUCCAUAGCCAAUGUGAUGUACUUUAUCAACUUUGCUAUCAUUAUAUGUAUAUACAGUGACUGGCUAGGAACCACAACAGCUUGUGCCAAUUACUGUGACCCCUAUAUAUAGUACAGAAAUAAUUUACAAAGUACAGUUAUUACACACACAUAAUAAACAAUACUUGGACAAUAGUCAUUAUAGAAAGUCCAGAAACAACAUACCAAAGGAAUUAGGUCGUCAAAACAGGUUAUUAUUUGAAGGUUAUUUCACAUGUAAAAGAAAGGUUAUUCACCAUGUCCUGUAUUCUUAAUUUUGUUUUUCAGAUUGCAACUGCAAUUGAAAAUUAUUCCAAAGGUAAACCUGUGGUUGAAGUAACAAAGACGGCGCGCAGGAAAUGCGCAUGCGGUCACACGGACUGCGUGUGUGGCAUAGCCACGAGUAUAACAAAAGCGGAUUGUCCGUGCGAGUGUGCUGGCUCGUGCCAUUGAACGACAUCAAGAAUUAGAAAAACUUUGUUUCAAAAUUUCAAAAUGGGGAAAUUUAUUUGAUAGUAACGACAUUAUUAUAUAGGCUUAGAAUUGCAACAUGAAUAUGUUAUUUUAUUUUUUUAAAUGUAUGGUAUAAAAUAUUAAAGUUUUUGGUACGUUUUUUUUGAAAUAUUUAUUUAAAUGUUUCUUGCUAAUUGUUUACAUUCAAAGUUUUUGACAAUUUUUUUUAUAUUAUUACAAUUGUGUUGAUCAGUACAGUAUCAGAAUUUAUAAUAUAGCAUUUGUAAAUUCUGAACGCUGAUUGGCUAAGAGCCGUGUUGAUAUAACUCCAUGUCAACACGGGAAAUUUUCCGCCGCUUGUAACACGGAAAUUGUUCUUAUUCUUCGGGCUUUUGACAUUGCUAUAUUAUAAAACAAAUAUAAAACAUUUUUUCUGUAUUGAUAUAUAGUUAUAUCAACACUCGUGGAAGUUGCGAAAACUCGAAAUUGUGUGAAAACACUCCGCCCUUCGGGCGUCGUGUUUCCACACAAUUUCUCGUUUUCCCAAUUUCCACUCGUGUUGAUAUAACUGUAUAUCAACACGGAAAAUGUUUUAUAUUUGUUAAAUCUUACACCCCCAACCAUUUACACACAUGUAUUAUUAUUGUCAAUAUCAGUUUGCAAUUUAGCUACACUAAUAUUCUAAACUAUUACUCACUAUAGUGCAAUUAUUUUAUUAUUAAUUAAGUUUCGCGCGCUAUUGUUACAUAGUCUGUUAUUAGUAUUAGUGAUCAUGCAUAAUUACUUGUCUUCACUCAUUAGUAUCCUCGCAAUAAAUAAUUAUAUUAAGAUUAUUAAUUUUCACGAGAACGAGUCCAGUAUCUAUGGCUCAAAAUCUCCUUCAGGUAACAUUUGAAUUGCUUUGAUCGACUCCCAUACCCAAGCUGGUUUGACCAGAAACUGAGAGGAAUCCAUUGCGUCGGCCUAUGGAAAGAAAUUGAAUAGUAAUUAGUCUGU